UAUUAUCAAGAAAGAAAUAAAUGGCCUAUUUUUUAUAAUUUAAGUAAAAAAAAUACUCCGAAUGAUGGAUUAAUAACCAACAUACUACCAUUUAAUAACCAAAGUAUAAUUUCCAUUUGAGAUUUAUUAUAAAUGGCAUCUACCUCCAGUGAUGAGCAGGAAGAUUCUUCUUCCUCUCUUACUAAUAAGCUAUUAAAAACCCGUGAUGCUUUGGAGAAAUUGAGUUUAGCUAAUGUUCAGGUAACAGAUGGAGAAGAUGAGUUAGCAGCUUUCAGACAACAGUGGCAGCGCGAAUUGGAGGCUACUCCUUCACCACAUAGAGAACCUCCUCGACAACAGACUAAAUCAGAACCUGAAGAACCUAUUAGUGAUGAAGAAAAGGCAAAGCAGCUGUUCCUCCGUGGCGUGGAGUUGGAGAGGAGCGGCAAACUGUAUGAGGCUAUACAACAUUACAAGCGAUCCAUGCAGAUUGUGCCUGAUGUGGAGACUAGACUUUAUGAGAGCACUGAUCACAGAGCUGAUACUCCUAUUGAGGAGCUGAAAGUGGAGGAAGUGAGAGAAGCGGAGGAUGUAGAUAGUGAUGAUGAAAUGAUAGAAGGUGAGGACCUUGUGACUCGGCUGCACAGGAUUCUUGCAAGGAAGGGAACACUCUGUCAACCGGAGUUCACUACAAGGGGUGGUCAUAUAUCAUGGCUGCCGUACGAGGUGGUGCAGCUGGUGUUGCGCUGGGCGGUGAGCGCGGACCUGGACGCAGUCACAUUGGAGAGGAUAUCUGCCACCUGCCGUGGUCUCUACCUAGCUGCAAGAGAACCUGAUAUCUGGCGGCUGUUGUGUGUCAAGACAUGGGGUAUAGAGUGUGGGGUGCCGCGUGGUCACGGGUUCACAUCCUGGCGACAGAUGUACAUAGACAGGCCUCGUAUCCACCUUCACGGUUGUUACAUAAGUAAGACAACGUACCUGCGCCAUGGAGAGAACUCGUACCAGGACCAGUCUUACCGACCUUGGUAUCUGGUCGAUUAUUAUAGGUACCUUAGGUUCUUCCCUGAUGGUGUGGUACUGAUGUGGACUACAGCGGAGGAGCCGGCAUCAUGUGUGGGUCAGCUGAAACACCGCGCUGCAAAACCCAGCCUCGGCAUCAUGCCGGGUCAUUACAGGCUUGUUGGAGAUAAGGUUGUGAUAGUGAUAAAGAAGGUGAGCAGUGAGAAGAAGUCUGCGCAUGCGACCAACACACGGUUCAGAUCCCGCAGGAAAGAGAUACACGAACACCAGGAACAGAUAUUUCAUCUGGAGUUGGAGUUACACAACGUUCGCUCGCGACGCAACUGGCAGCUGUCAUGGCGUCACUACGCUGUGUCUUCGCGCCGCGAUCAAUGGACGCAGUUCGAACUCUCGCCUAACAAGUUCCCACCAUUCGCCUUCAGUCGUGUGCGCGCCUACACAGCUGAGGCACACGCCCCCCUCGCCGCCCAUACGUAAACGUCUACGAAAGUCGGUACGUAAAGUUCUGUUGUAAAUGUAAUUUGUAUAAAUGUUGCCAUGAAACAAAAUCAACAAAUUAUGUAACUAUAAUGUAAGUGUUAAGUGAAGAUAAAAAUACUAUAUUUUGGGCUCUAACUCUUAUGUGGAUUUAAAUUUA